GCCCACCUGUCUACCUGCCCGGCUCUGCCUUGCUGGCUGGGGGCUUCCGGGCUCGGCCGAUACUAGGGCGCGUCCCGGACUUCGAGGCAGGGCGGCGGCGGCGGGGCCAGCGGAGCCAGUGGAGCCGGAUCGACACGCAGCAUGGCUUCGGGCUCUUACAACGUCAGCCGCGCCUUCUCACAGGCGCCUCCGCUGCAGAAUCAGCCGGACAACACGGCCUUCACCCAGCAGCGCCUGCCGGCGUGGCAGCCGUUGUUGACGGCUGGCACGGUGCUGCCCCUCUUCUUCGGGCUGGGCCUGGCCUUCUUGGCCAUCGGGCUGAGCCUUUUCUUCACCUCGGAGAAAAUCAAGGAGCUGGAGCUGGACUACACAGGGACUCCAGGCAACAACUGCUCCAACUGUGCCCGCCUGACCAAUAGCAGCGACCCGCGGCGGGUGCGCUCCUGCCAGUGCGGGCUGACCUUCAAGCUGCCCGCCCCCUUCCCGCUGCCCGUCUGCCUCUACUACCAGCUCUCCAACUACUUCCAGAACAACCGGCGUUACAGCAUCUCCCGGGACGACGAGCAGCUCAGCGGGGUGACCUGGGCGCUACGCCACCCCUACCAGGAGUGCAAGCCUUACCGUUACAACAGCCAAGGGGUGCCCAUCGCGCCCUGCGGGUCGGUGGCCAACAGCCUCUUCAACGACACCUUUGAGCUCUUCUACCAGCUGCCCAACGGCUCCCUGGCCAAUGUGACCUUGGAUAAACGGGGCAUCGCCUGGUGGACCGACACCAACGUCAAGUUCCAAAAUCCAGAGCCGGUCAACAACAGCCUGUGUGAUGCCUUCAGCCACACGGCCAAGCCGCCCUUCUGGUCUCGGACGGCCUGCAUGCUGGACCCCUCUGACCGCAACAACACAGGCUUUGUCAAUGAGGAAUUCAUCGUCUGGAUGCGCACAGCCGCCCUGCCCACCUUCCGAAAGCUUUAUGCCCGCAUCCGCCACGAUAACUUCUCGAAGUCACUGCCCCAGGGCACGUACUUCCUGAACAUCAGCUACAGAUACCCUGUGCUGGGUUUCCACGGGAGCAAGAAGGUCAUCUUGAGCACCCUUUCCUGGAUGGGGGGUAAGAAUCCCUUCCUUGGCAUUGCCUACCUGGUCCUGGGCGCUGCCUGUAUCUUGAGUGGCAUCGUCAUGACUGUCAUCCAUCUCAAGUACCGGCAGCAGGAUGAAGAGGAUGAUGAUGAUGAUGAUUAGGAGGCCAACCUGACGUCUCCUUCCCAGGACUUUUUGGAGAGGUUGGACGUCCCAUCAUUGCUUCGGUGGCAUGACGAAGGGCUGGGAGAUGCUGGCGAGGUUAUCCAGAUAGCUGAAAGGCAACAUCUGGGGAGCAUCACGCUGGAUGGGCUUUGGAAAGCAGCAAAUAAAUCAUUGGACCUUAGCGGGAAGUGAGAUUGAUGCUUCUCAACGCAUGAAGAACGAAGCCUAUUAUGUAGCUUUUCUGGAAAAUAAUCCUCAGCUCCAUAAUUUUUCAAAAUGGUGAAGUUGAUUCUUGGGAAACGGCACAAGGGCAUUGAGUGCCACCAUUUCUAAUCUUAGAAGUCCGAUAUGGUGUGGCUAACACAACAUGGUUUGGGGGGAAACCCUGCUGUUCUCCUUAUGAAGGGACUUCUCCCAAACAAACUAUUGUUUAAACGUGAAUGUUGGAAACUAUCAUUAACUUGGAUCUUAGUUUUGGCCUGUUCUUAAAUACUGGGGAGAUAACACAGCAUUUGUUGUUUAUACAAUGUGUACUCAUGGUUAACUGUACGAUGUGUUGUUGCUGAUCCCCUGAGAUGGUAUUGAGUGGGAUAAAUUCAGUUGGCUAAUUCAAAGUUAGUCUAUUGUGCAAAUCUAGCCAAUGAGAAAUGUAUA